UUGAUCUAAAUACCUUUAAUAGAAACGUCAAACGAGUUGGCGAGAAGCGAGUGUGUAGUUGAGAUAGCUGUUUUGUCUUUGGGGUAUUAGCGAGUGUGCGAGUGCGACGGGCGAUAACUCGCACGGUCGCUCGGAUAGGCGGCCGAGACAUUUACAAUUUACUCUGCGCUACUCAUGUACAUAGUUUCACGUAUUUCUUUGAAAAAAUAGAAAUGGACGAGUUUUUUAUUGAAUCCGUGAGACAGCAUCCAUGUCUUUGGGAUACAAAACUGCCUCAUUACAAAAAUUUAGAAGUGAAAGAUGCAGCUUGGAAAGAUAUUGCAAAGAAAACAAAGAUAGAGAGCCCUUCAGCAGCAAAGACAAAAUGGAAAAAUUUGCGAGACACGCAUCGAGAGGCGCUAAAAAAGAUUAACAAAAACAAAAGAAAAAGUGGACGGCCUCAUAAAAAAAUAAAGUCCUGGAAAUACAUGAGUCACAUGGAGUUCCUGGUACCACACAUGUCCCAAAGAGAUACUGUCACACCACCUCCUGAUGCUGGAAGUGUGGAUGACACAGCUGGAUUGGACCACGUUAUGGAUACUAGUAUGACAGAUAUGUUACCUGUGGCACAUAAAAAAAAGAAGGAUGACAUUGUGACAGAUGACAGUGAAGGUUUGUGUACAUUAUUAAAAGAGAUCGAGGAUAGCCGGGAGAAACUACUUGUUCAGAGGGAAGAGCUACGCAAAGAAUUACUUGCAGGGGAUCCCUUGAAAGCUUUCUUUGAUUCAAUGUACAAGAGCACAAAGCAAAUGCCGGAGUAUUAUCAAAGAUCAAUAAAGAAAGAAUUAUUCCAAUUAGUAAUGCAUGCUGAGGACAAUAUUGCCAAUACCAUAAACCAGGGUGUUAAAAUUGAGUAAUAUUUACAAA